UAUAAAAUAAAACUAGACUCAGGCGCAGAGGAUCCGAGGACCGUGCUGUGUUGUCGAACAGAGGAGAACAGGAGAAGACGAACAGUAGUAAGAAAGUAGAAACCCUACGAACAAACAAAAAAACCCAAAUAGAGAAAUCUAGCUGGGAUUCUUCUGGUGGCGGAAACAAUGGCGGAUUCAGGGAAAGAGAUCGGAACCAGAUAUCAUCACUGCGCAGGCCCUCUUACGAAAAACCUUGAAACUAAUGAAUGGACUGUUGCUCCGUUCAUCAGGGAUAGCUUUUCUAUGAUCGGAUCAGCUGUAGGUGGCACUGCAAGUGCUUUCAUUGGAUUUAACCACGUAAUGCCGAUUGUACGCAAGUGGGUAAAAGGACCCAUGUGGUUGCAUUUUCUCGUUGGUGCACCACCUGUGAUAGUUGUUUCAUCAGCUUGUGCUGGACUUGCAGGUGGCUCUGUACCGGCUUUGGCUCAGCUUGCCUCGUCGUCGUACCAUGCGGCUGUUCAUUCAUCUCGGCCACCGCAAGAGCAAGAGAAGAACAAAAUGCAUAAAUCUUCUAGCAUUUCUCCUUUGUAAACACAGAGCUUCGACAAUGGAGAAGUUACUUGAUGGAAGAACUAAUGGAGCCCUUAAGAAGACGAAGAUCGUGUGUACUCUUGGGCCGGCGUCUAGAUCUGUUGUGAUGAUCGAGAAGCUUCUCAAAGCCGGUAUGAACGUAGCCCGUUUCAAUUUCUCCCAUGGUUCUCACGAGUACCACCAAGAAACUCUCGACAACCUCAGAACCGCCGUAGUCAACACUGGCAUUCUCUGUGCCGUCAUGCUUGACACAAAGGGUCCUGAGAUUCGAACCGGAUUUCUCAAAGAAGGCAAACCGGUUGAGCUAACUCAGGGUAAAGAGAUCACAAUCUCAACUGAUUACACUCUGGAAGGAGACUCGGACACAAUCUCGAUGAGCUACAAGAAGCUUGCCGAGGAUCUCAAGCCAGGGGACGUGAUUCUCUGUUCCGACGGCACAAUCUCUCUAACCGUCUUGUCCCUUGACAAGAAUCAAGGUCUUGUCCGUUGCCGAUGCGAAAACUCGGCAAUUCUUGGAGAAAGAAAGAACAUAAAUCUUCCUGGAGUUGUAGUUGAUCUCCCGACACUUACAGAGAAAGAUCAAGAAGAUAUUCUCAAAUGGGGAGUUCCGAAUAAGAUCGAUAUUAUUGCUCUCUCCUUUGUUCGUAAAGGAUCUGACCUUGAUGAAGUCAGGAACCUGCUUGGGACGCACGCAAAGAGCAUCAUGCUUAUGUCAAAGGUUGAGAAUCAAGAAGGGGUGAUGAAUUUCGACCAGAUUUUGAAGAAUUCUGAUGCAUUCAUGGUGGCUAGAGGCGAUUUGGGGAUGGAGAUUCCGACCGAGAUGAUAUUUCUAGCUCAGAAGAUGAUGAUCGAGAAGGCUAAUGCUCUCGGGAAACCAGUUGUCACAGCUACACAGAUGCUCGAGUCGAUGACCAAGUCUCCUCGUCCGACUAGAGCCGAAGCCACAGACGUUGCCAACGCUGUCCUCGACGGCACAGAUUGCGUCAUGCUCAGCGGAGAAACCGCCGCCGGAGCCCACCCUGAAACCGCCGUGCUAACCAUGGCGAGAAUCUGUAAGGUGGCAGAGGAUAGCAUCGACUACGAUAGUGUGCAGAAGAAAAUCCAGAAAGCCGUUCCUCUGCCCUUGUCCCAAAUCGAGAGACUAGCCGCUUCCGCCGUCUCCACGGCCAGGAUUCAGCGAGCGAAGGCGAUUGUGGUCCUCACCAAGGGCGGCUAUACGGCGGGGCUUGUGGCGAAAUUCAGGCCGAGCGUUCCGGUUCUGGCGGUGACUGUCCCGGAUGAUUGCGAAUUGUUGUCCCCUGAAUCGGUGGCGAGACGUGGCUUGAUUUGCCGUGGAAUCAUUCCGGUGAUUCUGACAGGAGCAUCAGCGAGCAAGCAUUCGACGGAGGAGACUACUAGAGUCGCGAUCGAAUUUGCAAAGGAGAAGAAGAUCUGCAAGGCUGGAGAUUCGAUUGUCUUGCUGCACAACAUCGAUGGCUCCUCUGUUCUCAAGAUCUUGAGCGUUGAGUAAUUUUUAUUUUUAUUUUUGUCACGGUGUCAUUUUUCAAGUUUCAAAGUUUUGUCGACUCCUAUAAUUUGAGGCUAAGAAAUCUUGUUUUGUCAUCAAGUCUUUAGACCUUUUAUUUUGUUCUCCGGCGCUUUUCACUUAUGUUAGACACUUUUUUGGUCGCAUUAUUUAAAGUUUUUUUGACAUUUUGAAUAUUCGAUGAUUAUGUUUUUACUCGUUGAGAUUUCAAAUUCAUGUGUUACAAUCAAC